AUUUCAGCACGAAUGUUUGGACCCACAUGCUAUAAUUGUGAUGAUUUAACUCACAUAGGCUUGUGUGAUACAGUGCACCGGUGCAACACAAAUGAGAUAUGUUUCAUUGAAAGGUUUGAACAAUCUGGUCGGAUGAGGUACAUAGCAGGAUGUAUUGAAGAGAAAACAUGCUACCUAAAACGGAAUGAUUCGAAUGGAUCUGAAGAUCUUUGUUUUGAUUGUUGCCAUGGUAAUUUUUGCAACAACAAAGGAUGUGAUGAAAAUGACAUACCCGACAGACAAAAUAGGGGUCCAAUAUGCUUUGACUGCGAGCACGUGAGAUCCCCUGCUGAAUGCGAACAUAUAACGCCUUGCGAGUCACACCAGAGUUGCAGCGUCGAGGAGUAUAAAUGGUUUGGUUCUACUCAUUUUAAGCUAGGGUGUGGUCAUGGAUCGUGUGGAUUUGAAAGCGACGAAGGGAUUGUCUCAUUGAAGAGAGCGACACCCAUAUGUCAUUCGUGUUGUACGGAAGACUACUGUAACAAAAAUUGCACUACUCAUGAACAUGGUGGAUCAAUAAUCAUUGGAUAAUUGAAAUAAACCCUGCAAUUUAACCACAUUAAAUAAUAAAACAUAAAAUGUA